AUGGCCGGUCGCGGAAACUUCAGUUUCCAAAACAACUAUCCCAACCAGGGCCACAAUAGCCCUUACCAAAACAAUCCGAACCAAUAUGCCAACCCGAACCCAUACGCCAAUUCGAACCAACACGCCAAUUCAAACCAGUAUGCCAAUUCGAACCAAUUCGCCAAUAAUUCGCAACGCAGCGGAGCUUAUUCCAACUCUCACCAAUCCGACAAUAAUGUGCGAUACGGCGCGUACAAUGCGCAGGACUCAAUGGGAACGGAGUCGCGAAAGAAGAGGAAAUGUCAGUCAGCUCGUUCUUUCAAUAAAACCGGAAUACUGAUUCAGAUAGUUUACACUCCCAAUGCAUCCAACAAGAUUGAUUACGAUAUGGCUAUGGCACUCGCGCGCGACUAUCGUAGCACAACUUUUGAGAUAAUAAGGAAUGGUGAAGAGCUUAUUCCUUUGUAUUCUUUGCAGGUCGAUCAAGUCAACGAAUUCGAGGAUUCGCACAACAUCUAUAUGGAAGCCGAGCGAAAGGUGAACGAGUACCUUGCACAACAAGCCAGCGGACCUGUUUCGAAUACGACUACUGGCACUCCCGUCGAUACGCCGGAACUCCGAGCCCUAAUUACCUCGAUAGUGCGUGAGCAGAUUGCGGAGAUUUUACAGCAAGCGUCAGCUUCUAUUUUGAUCGGCAAUCGUGCGAACAUGCCUGCGAAUGAGCACAACCAGGCUUCGCCUCCGCAGCAGAGCAGUGCGCAACUUGGCCAGACUUCGACAAAUGUUCCAUACAAUAGCCAAUUCAUCAAGCCGGAACCUUGA